AUGGCGGCAGGCUCGGGGGCCACCACCGCUACCGGCGCUGCAGCUGGAACUGGAGAGGAGAAAGAUGAAUAUGUCAAACCUUUCACACCAGAGAAAGCAAAAGAAAUCAUCAUGUCUUUACAGCAACCUGCAGUCUUCUGUAAUAUGGCUUUUGAUUGGCCAGCACGACACUGGACUGCUGAGCACCUUUCCAAGGUCCUUCAUGGCAAGCAGAUACGAUUUAGGAUGGGAAUGAAAAGUACAGAUACAGUUCCUCAGUUUGAAACUUCAUGUAGUUACGUAGAAGCUACACUUGAAGAGUUUCUGACCUGGAACCGUGACCACUCUAGUAUUUCUGGACCAUUUAUAGAUUAUGAUUAUUCCAAAUUCUGGGCGUAUGCUGACUAUAAAUAUGUUGCCAGUCUAUUUGAAGACAAGACAGAUAUUUUCCAGGAUGUGAUAUGGUCUGACUUCGGGUUUCGUGGAAGAAAUGGACGGGAGAGUACGUUGUGGAUUGGCUCACUGGGGGCUCACACACCCUGUCAUCUGGAUUCGUAUGGUUGCAACUUGGUAUUCCAGGUACAAGGAAGGAAAAGAUGGCAUCUCUUUCCCCCUGAAGACACUCCUCUCCUUUAUCCAACUAGAAUCCCUUAUGAAGAAUCGAGUGUGUUUAGUAAAGUCAAUGUUGUCAAUCCUGAUGGAAAACGUUUCCCUCAGUUCCAGAAAGCUCGAAGACAUGUGGUUACACUGAGCCCAGGACAGGUUCUAUUUGUUCCCAGACACUGGUGGCAUUACGUAGAAUCCAUUGAUCCUGUCACUGUCAGUAUAAACUCGUGGAUUGAAUUGGAAGAGGACCACCGGGCUCGGGUAGAGGAGGCGAUCACCCGCAUGCUUGUGUGCGCCCUGAAAACCGCGGAGGACCCACACGGCACCAGGGCUUGGUUGAACCCAACGGAGGUUGAGGAACCAUCCCAUGAAGUCAAUUGUCGCUACUUAAAUAGAGCUGUUUCUGCCUUUUUUGAUCAUUACAGAACAUCUAAGACAGCAGAUGUCCAAGCACUCAGAACAAACGGGGAGCACAUGAAAAAGGAAGAAUUCAGCGUGCACGCCCUCAUGGAGGUAGAACAAACAGGUAGCCAGAACUUAAUUGUGGGAACAGUAGGAGAGCAGGCACCAAGUCCCUUUGGCCCUGAUCUGGUUCCCGUACUACCGAGUUCUGAAGCACCAUCCUCAGAAACAGAAAGCAUGUUUAAAAACGAUGGUAAUGGCUUUGUCGGUAAAGGCGGAGAGCACUUUGACAAAUUGCACUGUUCCAAGAAGCCACGACUGGUGAGUGGGCGUGAGAAUGAAAUUGUUGAACAGACUGCUUCAAAUAGUACUAUGGGCCCUUCCCAAACAUUCAUUUCUACAGAUGACUUACUGGACUGCUUGGUGAACCCACAAGUAACCAAGAUAGUGGCACAACUUUUGAUACAAGGAAGAAGCUUAUGA